UGGAGGAGGAGGCAAAGAGGGACAAGAAGGAGAAGGAGAGAGUGAGAUAGAAAGAGAGAGAGAGGGAGAGCGAGAGAGACGACAAGUGUGCGGAUCGAGCGCGGCAUGAGGCACCUGAAGAACCUGGGUCUGCCCAUCAUCCAGGAGCUGACCCACAAGUAUGGGCUGCAGGCGGACUUCGGGGAGGCGACGCUGGGGCAGAAGCUGGAGGAGUUGCGGGAGCACAUCCGGAAGGAGAUCCGCAAGGAACUCAAGAUCAAGGAAGGCGCCGAGAACCUCCGGAAGGUCACCACAGACCGGCGAGCGUUUCAGGACGUGAGCCACAUGGUGAAGGAGGCCAACUCCAAACUCUCAGCCCUGCAGCAGGAGCUCCAGGAGCUCGACUCCCAGAUCCUUCUGACGCAGGGCCAGGGCGGGGCCUCUCUCGACUCCUCCUUCAGUAAUAACUUAGGUCUGUAUCAUAAAGUGAGGAAUGCUGGCAAAGAUCCUCCCUCAUCGCCCAUGGCAACGGAUACACAGGAGAAGUCCUUGGAACCCCUAUCCCUCUCUUCUUAUGACCAGAGACUGGUAUCCCUGGAAAAGCAGCUUGACAUAGAACAAAAAGUGAAAGCGGGUGCAGAAAACAUGAUACAAAUGUACAGCUCGGGACCAAUGCGGGACAAAAAGCUGCUGGCAGAAGCACAGCAAAUGUUAGCAGAUUCAAAAGCCAAGAUUGAAUACAUCAAAAUGAGAAGAAUGAAGGUGAAGCAAAGUCAAACGGAAAAUGGACUAGAUGCAGAGGGGAAACCCAAAGGUGAAGCCGCCAACAAAUAUAACUUAGAAACACCGGUGGAUGUGCGGAUCGAGGAGCUCAUUCACCGAUUGCACGUAGAGUGCCGGUGUAUGGAGGGAGCCAAGAAUGCAGUGAGGAUGCUCCAAGCGAACAAAGUUGCAGCUGAUAAGAAGUACCUACAAGAAGGCUCCAUUAUGGCCGGGGAGUUUCUGAGUCACGGUUCAUGCUCUGUGAAGCGGGAGUUGGAGAACUCGCUAUCUGCGUCUCCCUCACCGGCCAAUUACACAAGCCUCUAUGACAAAGAGAACUACCCCAGCCGUCGCUCACAAGCUCUACAUAGUAAGGGCGCUGCCGUCACUGGCAAACUAGAAGUAAGAUUGAUUGGUGUACAAGACCUCCUGGAAGAUGUUCCAGGCCGGUCCCGCCGAGACUCCCACUCCGGACCCUCAGACCUUAAAUCAUUUAUGAAAGGUGUCACAGGAAAAUCGUCAAAGUCCUACUCCGUCAAAGACGAAAUUUCUAACGAGGUAAUGGCAGUACUAAAAUUAGACAACAAUAAAGUGGUUGGCCAAACAAGCUGGAAACCUUGCUCUCAGUCAGCAUGGGACCAGAGAUUUAGCAUUGAUUUAGAUAAGUCGAGAGAUUUAGAGAUUGAUAUUUACUGGCGAGAUUGGCGGUCGCUAUGUGCAGUAAAGUUCCUACGACUGGAAGAGUUCAUUGAUGAUGUUAGACAUGGCAUGGCACUCCAGCUAGAACCAAAGGGACUUCUUUUUACUGAGAUCAAAUUCCUGAAUCCCAUGAUCUCACGCAAGCCCAAGCUGCAGCGACAAAAGAAGCUGUUCAUGCAGAAGGGAAAGGUGCUGCGACCCAAUCAGAUGAACAUCAAUGUAGCGGCUUGGGGGAGACUCAUUAAAAAUAUUCAACCCAGCCAUGAGCCUGUCCAUCUCUCGUACUCAGGAGGUCACACGGGAGCCAUUACAAGUGCAAGCUCUGCCACGCCCAUCACACCUGGUCCCAGAACGGUUCCUACUCGACUGGACUUUGAUAGCGAGAAGACUCCUGGAGAAGUGUGUCAACAUCGCCCACUGGCCCUGUCAGAGGUGCGGCCGCUCAACAUGGGGGUGGUAUCGCCUCCCCAAGUUCCCGCUCACCUGGAGUCCCCUUCUGUGGCUCCUCCUCCUCCUUCCAUUACUUUCGGUGCCCCAACACAAACCCAGCAGCUUCCUUCCACACCUGCACUUAUGACUGUAUACCCAACCCCUCAUGGCUCAGUCUAUGACGAACCUGCACAUGGCACGCCAUCCACUCCUGCUCACCAUAGUGUCUUCCCAGUCACACAGACACCCACCAUCCACCCUGCUCACUCCAUCACUGUCCAGGUGGCUAAAAGGCCUACAUCAACACCUCCCCCACCGCCUCCAAGGCCACAUUCUGGCACUGUCACCAUCUCCGUACCAGCAUCACCCGUAGAAUCCGACGUUAAGGUAGGUGCCAUUGUGUAAUAGUUUUUUGCGUGAAUGUGUCUGAUU